AUGGCAAAUAGUAGAUCUUGGACUCAGAUAUGGCCAUCUUUUGUCAGGCUAUGUGUUCUGAUUUUUAUCUUGCAUUUCAACACAGCAUUGGCUGAUGACAGUGGAAGUGGUGGUGUUGCAGCCUGCAAGAACACAAAUUAUCAAAGUUUCCUCCCUCCACCGUACCAGAAUAUAUCCCACAUGAUAUGCUCACCUGUAUGGCAUACAUUUGAAUUGAGGUACAUCAAGAAUGGUGAUACCACAACUAUCAUACUAUCUGCUCCCUACACUAUAGGGUGGAUAGGAAUUGGAUUUUCUAAAGAUGGUAUGAUGGUUGGUUCCAGUGCAAUGGUGGGAUGGAUUAGUAAACAUGGUCAUGCAAAAAUCAAGCAAUUUUACUUACAGGGUAGGAGGCCAUCAGAAGUCAUAAUAGACAAAGGAGAACUCCCCCUCAAUAAUGUCCCUGCGGCUGUGGCAAUUAAUGGGGCUGAAAUUCAUUUGGCAUUUCAGUUGCAGAUGACAACCCCAUUUCAGAAACAGCCAAUUCUGUUGGCUUUUGGUAGUAAAUAUCCACAGAACCACCAUCUCUCCAAGCAUCAAGACAAAACAACCAUUGUUUUUGAUUUUUCUGCAGGUUCUACGGGUCCUGUAUCCCAUGAAUUGAUUCAGAUGAGGACGAAACAUGGAAUUUUGGGCAUAAUAGGGUGGGGUCUAAUCCUUCCUGUAGGGGCAAUUAUUGCUAGAUAUUUCAGGCACAAGGAUCCCUUAUGGUUCUACCUCCAUGCAAUAAUUCAGUUUGUGGGAUUUACAUUUGGGCUUACUACAGUCGUUCUUGGAUUACAACUCUAUUCCAAAAUGCAUGCCCAUAUACAAGCUCACAGAGGCAUAGGUAUCUUUGUCCUCGUACUGACUAUUCUUCAGAUAUUUGCAUUAAUCUUGAGACCAAACAAGGAUUCCAAGAUCCGAAAAAUGUGGAAUUGUUACCACAGCUGGUUUGGAAGGUUGGCACUCAUAUUUGCAGCCAUUAACAUAGUUUUGGGGAUGAAAGCUGCCGGGGCAGGAAGUGAUUGGAAAAUAGGCUAUGGGUUCCUUUUUGGUAUAGUGGUUGCUGCAGCUAUUGUUCUUGAAGCAUUGGCUUAUCUGAAAAGAUCAGAGAUGCGUUCUCUACCUCCUAACUUCCAAAUAGACCCUGUUGGAGGAGCUACAUUUCCAAGUAAUCAAGCCCUUUCUUUUCUUCUUCUUCCCUCGUUUUAUGUAAUCUCUCUCUAG